AUGAGUUGCUACACCUGUCACUUGACACAAUAUGCUCGCAGCCUGGUGAUUGCGGAUGGGAGGCACGGGCGAUUCCAUUUUGAUCUCAAGGGACGGCCGCUUCUGAUCUACACACCACAUGUACACAAGGCCUCGACGCUCGAUCUUUCGGGCGAAGAGCUUCGGGCUUCGUUUCAAGAGGUCGCUGCUUUCAUGGAGGCUAUAGAGCUGCCCGACUACCAGAUCUAUGCCAGCUUUGGCAAUUGGGUUAAUCACAACCAUGUUCACUGGAAGAUCCGGGCGGACGAGCGGUCGGUUCUCGCUUUACGAAAGAGGCAUCUCGCGUCAGACCGCCUUUUUGCGCAAGGCGGAGCCCACAGCACAAGCAAUAGCCGCGAGGAACAUCGGGAAGUAGUCUCGAGACAGGUCGGAGAGGCGCCGCAGAGCGAGGCAGCUGCUCGAGCUGCUGCUGAAGGCGCUCCAGAAGAAGGAGGAACAAGCGGCUUGCCGGACGACCCCGAGGUUGUUUCAGUGCCCGGCGAUGGCGCGUGCCUCUUUGCUGCAACGUUCCUGUGCUUCUAUCACACUUCCAAGGGGAAGCUUCCCGACCCAAACAGCGCAAGGUUCAAGGCUGCCGUGCAGAAGUUGCGCACAGAGACGGUCAACUAUGUCGUGCAGCACUGGACCUGGCCCCUGGGUGGGAUUCGGGGCAACGUCACUGGGAAGGAGAGCGUCGAGAUGGAGUAUGCGGCGGACCCGGGUUGCCCAGAGAUCGUUGACAAGGAGAGCUAUGCCGCUCAUAUGGUGGAGAACAGAACGUUUGGAGGGCAGACGGAGUUGCUGGCGCUGUCUGCGCUGCUGAAUGUUUGCAUUCUCGUUCAUCCGGCUCACGAUCCGGAGAAUGGAGAGAAAGGGAUCUUCUUCGCCAGUCGCGCAGGACCCAGAAGUGUGGAGAGGCGCCGCAAUGUCGGACGGCGGCCGGUGCUGCACCUGCUGUUUGAUGCUGACACGCAGCACUAUGAUGCAAUCAUCUCUCAAGCGCGUUCUCAACCGGCCGAAUCAUAG